AAAGGAGAGGUGGCUAUGUCGAUUCCCCACGGGGCGAAGACCAGGAUAUGUAUGGUGGCGCACAACAUAACAGAUCUUUAAACUCUUCUCCUUCGAAUAUCGAUUCUCCCUUUCUUCUUCCAACAAAAACCCUAAACCAGAUUCUUCACCACCUCACUCUCCUACUCUUUCUCAAUCCAUGAGCUAUCACGCGCAGAAUAAUGAUGAUACGCACAGAGGUUUGAAAAGAAAGCCCGAAUAUAUGGAUCGGGGGCAAGAACGGCGUCCAUAUAAUACGAAUUCUAGACCUUAUGAUAGGAACGCGCUUCCUGAUGGUUGGUUAGACUGCCCAGCGCAAGGGCAAGAACUAGGAUGCAUAAUCCCUUCAAAGGUUCCACUUGGUGAAUCCUUCAAUGAUCGCAUUCCAAGUCAAAAAUAUACUCCCAAGCAAGCAAUUCUUCAACAAAGAGCCUUAGGUAGAGAACUUGGUUUAGUGAUUGAUCUGACAAAUACUACACGUUACUAUCCUGUAUCAGAUUGGACAAAAGAAGGGAUUGGCCAUGUCAAGAUAAGGUGCAAAGGAAGAGAUGCUGUACCUGAUGAUGAAUCUGUAAAAGAAUUUUGUGAUGAGGUUAUGGAAUUUUGCUCCCAAAGAACAAAUGCAAAGAAAUAUAUACUUGUACAUUGCACACAUGGGCAUAAUCGUACAGGUUAUAUGAUUGUUCACUUCCUUGUGCGUACGGAAUCUAUGUCUGUUACUGAGGCAAUAAAUAAAUUUGCUGGGGCCCGUCACCCAGGAAUUUACAAGCAAGACUACAUUGAUGCCCUUUACAUGUUUUAUCAUGAAAAGAAGCCUGAAGAUCUUAUUUGUCCUCUAACUCCUGAGUGGAAGAGACAUUGUGAUCCUGAUUUUCGUGGCACAGCUGUUCCAGCUGUUGUGGACAAUUAUGGACACAUUCCUGAACAGGAGAAUAUUGUGAGGAAUAAAGUAUUGUCAAGUGAUGAUGUUUUGGGAGAUCCAAUUCCUCCAAACCAGCUGCGUGCAAUGCAAGAAGCUUGCUAUCAACUGCUCAAGUUGGGGACCGGGGGAAGAGGACGUAUGCAGUUUCCUGGAUCACACCCUGUUUCUUUGAACAGGGACAAUCUGCAACUCUUAAGACAACGAUAUUACUAUGCCACAUGGAAAGCUGAUGGGACACGAUAUAUGAUGCUGAUUACUGGCGAUGGGUGUUAUCUGAUUGACAGGAAAUUUCUUUUCCAAAAGAUCAAUAUGCGAUUUCCUUGUAGAUAUUCAAAUGGGGGUACGCCUGAGAGGAAUCACCACUACACAUUACUUGAUGGGGAGAUGAUUAUUGACACGGAUCCACAUACACAGAAGCAAGACAGAAGAUACCUUAUUUAUGAUUUGAUAGCGAUCAAUCAAGUGUCUUUGAUAGAGCUUCCGUUCUAUGAAAGGUGGAAAUUGCUGGAGAAAGAAGUAAUUGAACCUCGGAACAUGGAACGGGAGGGCCUUUCCAAGAGCAUAAAUCCUUAUUACAGAUAUGACUUGGAACCAUUCAGUGUGAGAAGGAAGGGUUUUUGGUUACUAUCUACUGUGUCAAAGCUCCUUCAUAAAUUCAUUCCACAACUCUCGCAUUCAUCAGAUGGCCUUGUAUUCCAGGGUUGGGAUGAUCCAUAUGUCCCUCGCACACAUGAAGGUCUUCUGAAGUGGAAAUACCCAGAGAUGAACUCUGUUGAUUUCCUCUAUGAGGUGGGAGCUGGUGAUCGUCCCUUGCUUUUUCUAUUUGAACGAGGAAGGAAGAAGUUAAUGGACGAAAAUGUUAUUUUUAAAGAUGCAUCAGACAUUUCUUCCUAUUCCGGGAAGAUCAUUGAGUGCUACUGGGAUUCCGCGGAACAUCAUUGGGUCUGUAUGCGGAUCAGAAUAGACAAAGCAACUCCAAAUGACAUCAAUACCUAUAGAAAGGUAAUGCGAAGCAUAAAGGAUAAUAUCACAGAAGAUGUCUUAUUGAAUGAGAUCAAUGAGAUCAUUAGCCUGCCAUUGUAUGCAGACAGAAUACAUAGGGAUAUCAAGGCUCACCAUCAUAUGGUCUCUUCACGGCGCAAGUGAGUUAUAAUAAAAGCUAUCCAUGUCGAAUGUCGUGUGUUUAUUGAAGAGCGAGACCGACUUCUGAAUGAAGUUCCAGCAGAAAAGCUGUACAGUUUUGUUGCCAAGAGAUUGUAUUUUUGCUACGCCAUUGUCAGCCUCAUGCAUCUCGUAGGAAAGAAGUUUAGGUUCUUUGGUUUUGUUUGGCUAACUAGAUUUUGGUCGAUGUUGUAUAUUAGCAAUUUUGCCCAUUAUUUCCUUUAUUUUAUUUCCUUUUUAACAGCAUAUAACAAGUUCACAAAAUCAUAUUGUGAGAAGAUCAACACAAACGGCUUUGAUAGGAUACAAUAAUUCAUGAUUUUCGCAAGUUUAUACCAUUUU